UGAGGCCGACAUGGCUUGGUAUUUGUUGUUUUCGUUUUUGUUCGAUUAUUACGCGAGGUUUAAAAUUUUCGGUAUAGCAGCAGCUAUGGAAAAUAUUAGGCAGAACCUCGUAAAGAAACUUCUUCCGGAAAUUAAAUCGAUGCGAGUGGAAGAAGUUGUUCAAGUAUCGUCCUUUUCGUUUCUUCAUAUUUCGAUUCGGAUACAAAAUACAUUCGUGACAGGUUUCGGAGCUUUUUUGUCUGUCCGGCUGAUUAAAUUUGACUCGGUUUUCUGGCAUGAACCUGGUGCACAAGGAUCUAAGUUUCAAUUUGCGGCACCAAAAUUGGUAAUUGUUAGGGACCAGUUUGAACCCGAUAGGUCAAAAAUCAGUGAGUAUCAUGCACCGCAUACCAUUUAUUUAGACCCAUAUCUAAAGUCAGUGAUCGCGGAAAUGUGAUAAAUAUGUAAAAAAUAAUGGAAA